AUGCCUUGCCACAUCCAGCUCCCUCCCGACGGCGGCUCCCGGGAGGGCGUGGCCCCGUUCUUGGCGCGCGCAGAGCACGAGGACGGCGGCGUUCCCGCCGUGCUCGGCAGGGUCCCGGCACCCUUGCUGCAGGCAGUUCUGGAGGCGUGGCGUAUGAGCGAGGACGCGGUGGUUACAGAUGCUGGACCGUCGUACUCGGCCGCAGUGACCUGCCACCGCGCCAGGAGGCUCCCGUGUGGGAGCCUGGCGUCCACAUCAGUCGGCUCGUCCCGGAAGACCUCGGGCCUGCCCUGGCGCUACUCGACGCCCCUGCUGGGGCUCAGAGCCGCGCAGAGUACCUGCUGA